UUUUUUUUUUUUCAGAAUUCAUAUAUAUGUAAUAACCAAAGUUAAAAAAAAAAAAUCUGUCUUCAGUUUCGUUUCUUUGUUUCGACUCUGUGCAUUGAAAGCGGGAUCGAUGGCGGCCUUGCAAUACAUAGAGUCUCUUAGAAAUGAGCAUCCAGAGCUGGCCGACUGGUACAAUUCUCUUGCAGAGCUGUACCAGAAGAAGCUCUGGCAUCAGCUUACUCUCAAGCUUGAGCAGUUCGUUGCUCUCACUGUCUUUCAGGCUGGAGAUGCGCUGAUACAGUUGUAUCAUAAUUUUAUCACUGACUUUGAGACCAAGAUCAAUCUUCUCAAGCUUGCGCAUUUCGCUGUUAUAGUUUCUCGGCAGUACUCAGAGAAAGGAGCUGCUAUUAAUUAUCUUGAAGGGGUGAUUGAAAAGCUUCAGGCUGCUCGAGAGCAGCGAAUAGAAGAGCCAAUUCUUUAUAUUAAGAUGCAAAUUGCUAAGUUCAAGCUUGAACAGGGUGACCAAAAGGAGUGCAAGAAACUUCUUGAAGAUGGAAAGAGUACCCUUGACAGUAUGACCAACAUAGAUUCCUCUGUAUAUGCUAGCUAUUAUUGGGUUUCAUCUCAGUACCAUAAAUUUCGCCAAGAAUUUGCCGAAUUCUACAAAAGUUCUCUCCUUUAUCUUGCGUACACAUCAGUGGAGUCCCUCACAGAAUCUUUUAAGUUGGAUUUGGCAUUUGAUCUGUCCCUUUCUGCUCUUUUGGGAGAUAACAUCUACAACUUUGGAGAACUGCUUGCUCAUCCUAUUAUAAAGAGUCUUCUGGGGACCAGGGUUGAGUGGCUUUACUAUAUCCUCCAAGCCUUCAACUCAGGGGAUUUAGUUCUCUAUCAAGAAUUAUGUCGUGUGCACAAUGCUGCAUUGAGGGCUCAACCAGCCUUGGUUGAGAAUGAGAAGAAGCUCUCGGAAAAGAUUAAUAUUUUAUGUUUAAUGGAGAUUAUCUUCAGCCGACCAUCUGAAGAUCGAACUAUUCCAUUAAAAGUUGUUGCUGAGCGAACAAAACUGUCUUUUGAGGAUGUUGAGCAUCUUCUCAUGAAGAGUCUGUCUGUUCAUCUGAUUGAAGGCAUAAUCGAUCAAGUUGAGGGAACAGUUCAUGUCUCCAGGGUGCAGCCAAGAGUUUUGGGAAUUCCACAGAUCAAAUCCUUGCGUGAGCAGUUGGAUAGUUGGGUGGGCAAAGUACACACUGCUUGGUUAUCAAUUGAGGCUGAAACACCCGAUCUUGUUGCAUCAUGAUUUUUUUUCUCUAGUUCCUAUCUGCGCAUUGUAACAAUUUCAUUAUUUGAAAAAAAAAAAAAAAAAAAAAAAAGAGGAAAGGCAAUGGUGAGCAA